AUGUUCUCCCUCUCCGACACCCAGCUGGGGGUCCCGCCCAUCAAGCAGUUCUCCGCGACGCUCUUCCGGCAGAACAAGGUGGCGGAGAAGUACCGCCACAUGCAGGGCACCGGGUUUGGGCCAAAGUACCACCAGAUGAGCGACGGCCGGCUGGUGCGGCCGGGCACGAGCGGCACGAAGCUGCGCCCGCUGCUGGAGCCGGGGGAGGAGGUGCAGUGGGAGACGCUGCCCUCCUACUACCACUGGUACCCAAAGGAGCACCUGCACGACUACAUCGAGAACACCACGAUGCGGGAAAUCCAGGGCAAACCCACCGGCGACCCCACGGAGCGGCGCAUGUACCAGGCGAUGCGCGGGGGGAAGUCGGAGCGGGAGAGCGCCCCAGCCCCCGACGUGGCGCCGUGGGACUCGGCGUCCAUCCCCAUCACGAAGUUCCCGCACGAGCGCGACGAGGAGGAGAUUGUGGUGGAGGACCCCAAGACGGGCCGCAUCAUCGGCAUGGACCGCGCGACCUACGAGCGGUGGCGCGUCAUGAUGCAGGAGCGGCGCGAGGGCAGACCGGAGAGCGACCCGGUAGAGUACGACCAGGAGCGGUACGUCACCAACAAGGACGGCGUCGUGUUUGACCUGUCCAAGAUGAAGUACCGCCCCAUCUUUGAGGGUCGCUGGAACCCGCGACGACCCCAGAGCACGGGCAGGACAAACCCCAUCAUGACGUGA